CUGGCUCCGGUGGAGUGAAGGCGUAUUUGGAGGGAUAACGGCGACGCGCACGGCCGCUGUGGGCUAAAGACGAGCCGCCGCCGCCGCUCCGGUAGACGCACACCGACGGACUGACGGGGGCCGGAGCCGCCGAUCCGCUCCAGCUGGGCCGUAAAUGGCCACGAUAUUCCCCGAGAGAAGACGCUGCCGCUGAGACAACCUGUGCACCAAAUGCGUCCUGGAAAUUAGGACGCACAUUUUCCCGUGAAUCAGACGUUUGUGCGACGAGGGAAGUUUCUGUGAGCGAUUUUUUGGGGGAGCUCUUGAUUUUAUUGGCUGCAGCCAUGGACGAGGACAACCAAGUACCAGAGGACCUGUCUCUGGAGGAGAGAGAUGAGCUGUCCAACAUCCGACGCAGGAAAAAAGAGCUGCUGGAUGAUAUUGAACGGCUGAAGUUUGAGAUCGCAGAGGUCAUGACUGAGAUCGAGCAGCUGACUUGUGUCGGGGAGAGCAAAACCACACAAAGAAACAAACAGAUCGCCAUGGGGAGGAAGAAGUUCAACAUGGACCCUAAAAAGGGAAUCCAGUUUCUUCUGGAGAAUGAUCUUCUCCAGAACACCCCUGAGGACAUUGCUCAGUUCCUCUACAAAGGCGAGGGCCUCAACAAAACCGUCAUCGGGGACUACUUAGGAGAACGGGACGAUUUUAACAUCAAGGUCCUCCAGGCGUUUGUGGAACUUCACGAGUUUGCAGACCUCAACCUUGUUCAAGCCUUAAGGCAGUUUCUGUGGAGCUUCCGACUUCCCGGUGAAGCCCAGAAGAUUGAUCGCAUGAUGGAGGCGUUUGCCUCCAGGUACUGCCAGUGCAAUCCCGGCGUCUUCCAGUCCACAGACACCUGCUAUGUCCUGUCAUUCGCCAUCAUUAUGCUGAACACCAGCCUGCACAACCCCAACGUCAGAGACAAGCCCCCAGUGGAGCGCUUCAUCUCCAUGAACAGAGGCAUCAACGAGGGCGGAGACCUCCCAGAGGAGCUACUCAGGAAUCUCUACGACAGCAUCAAGAGCGAACCCUUUAAGAUCCCAGAGGACGACGGGAAUGACCUGACGCACACGUUCUUCAACCCCGACAGGGAAGGAUGGCUGCUCAAAUUAGGAGGCCGAGUGAAAACCUGGAAGAGACGGUGGUUCAUCCUGACAGACAACUGCCUCUACUACUUCGAGUACACGACCGACAAGGAGCCUCGUGGGAUCAUCCCGCUGGAGAAUCUGAGCAUCAGGGAGGUGGAGGAGCCCAGGAAACCGAACUGUUUCGAGCUCUACAACCCCAACCACAAGGGUCAGGUGAUCAAAGCCUGCAAGACGGAGGCGGACGGGCGUGUUGUCGAGGGCAACCAUGUUGUUUACAGGAUAUCGGCGCCGACGCCUGAGGAGAAGGAGGAGUGGAUUAAAUCCAUCAAGGCCAGCAUUAGCAGAGACCCCUUCUACGACAUGCUGGCCACCAGGAAGAGACGCAUCGCCAACAAGAAGUGAAGGCGGACCAUCCUGUCGACCUCCAGACCCUCCAUCUUUCUCUCAUUCAGCUCAGAAACACAUCAUCAGCUGUCUUCAGCCCUGAAGACAAACCUCCCCUGGACUCUAGCAGGCGUGAGCUUUAUUCGGGGAGCAUCACACUCCAGAGCUCCAGGAGACUCAGACUCUUGCAUGGAGCAGCACAGCAGCCAACCAGCCGGUCUGUUUCUUCCACACCCCCUACCUCCCCACUCAUGCUCAUAAGAAGUUUCAAGGUCUCCCUAAAGCACAACUGCCAUGUUUCAGGUGCACAUGCAUGCAUGUGGGUUACUAUAGACCAAUAUGUUUGUGUUUGUGUGAAUGCAGCAGUGUGCAUGCUAUCAGUGCACACAGCAUCUACAGUUUGGUUGCAUAAGAGAUGCAAGUGUUCCCUCCACUGUGCUUUAUUAACGGUUGUUGUAAUUCAGAGUUCAGAAGCGUGGUCAUCUACACGGAGUAAAGAAGAAGCCGAUCAGUCUGACCUCUCCUGGACGUUCGUCAUCUCACUCUGGUGCUGAACUCUUCUCUCCAGGUGCCAUAACUGAAGCCCUGCUCAGAGUGACCUCAGAGCAAGCUGGCUUACUUUACCUUCCUGAUGAAGCGCGACAGUCUCGAGUCAGCUGGGCUGAUUUCAUUUAUUUGUGUGGAGCAGAGAAUUUUGAAAUGUGCAUACUUUUUAGUUUUGUUUGAGUUGCAAAGGUGCUUUUGCCGAGGCUUCAGAUUUAACUUGCUUUUUGGACAUGAAGUUGUAAUCCUUAAGAUUUCAGUGCAGCAUCCGUACUCCUGUCAAACAUUCAUCAAGUACAAUAAACAGCCGGUUUAGCCGCUCAGUUUAAAGAGUUGAAACCGACUGCAGCUCUUCAUCCAUCAGCUCGCUGUUUCUCUGUUACUCCCUUGCAAAAAAAUAAGAGCAAUCAGCUGACAAAAAGUUUAGAAACUGACAGAUUUUUAGAAAUAAACAAUAUGAGAGGUGUUGUAGUUAAAAAGUAUGAUAAUGUAGGUAAUUUAAAGAUGAAACAACAAAAUGCAGCAGUUUUUAUUGAACAGCUCAACAUGUGCUCAGUCAACAUGUCAGCAGAUGAUCAUAAUGUAGGCUGACAGUCUUAAUGAUUAAUUAAUAUUCAGGUAAUUUAAAGACACUAACCAACACAAUUCCAGCCACUAAAUAUAUAAAAAGUGGAUCUGAUUGUAAUUUUAUCUUAAGGAUUCUUACUUUUAAAGCACUUUCAUCUCAGAAAGUCUUCUCCGCCUCCUGGGUGGGUUUUAUUUACGGCUGUGCAAAGGCCCGAUAGGUACCAGUCCAAUUAAGCUUCUUUUUUUCCCCUUUUUUCUCGUCUAAGGCCGAUGUCAGUGAAGGUCGAAGUGUUGUUGUGAUCCUGUUUGCAUUUGGUUUUGUACUCCUAAAGGUUCUUGCUUGCUUUUGUGUUCCUCUUUAACAGUUUCUCUAUAAUAACCAGCUAUCAUUUUUUUGUAUUUAUUUUCGUUUGUGAAACGGUUUAAUACUACCUGUAAAUGUUCAACAACGUAUGCUUAAGUUAUGUAUGUAUAUAUGAUGUAUAGGUUUUCCGGUCUCUUCGUUGUAGUAUGCACACUCUGUGUUUGAGCUGAAGUUUGGGGUCUUCUUUACAAAAAGCCUUAAACAUAAUCAUUAGAAAAUGGAUGAUGAUGAUGACAGUGACGAGAAUAUUGGUCAGUAACUGUGACAAACCUGGUAAAAAGCCAUGACUGACAGGUGAGAAAGGUGGUUGUAUUUAAGACAUGAUGAAGAUUAUAGUGAAUAUGAUGUUUGAUGAUAGUAAAAUGAUGAUAAUAUAAUUGAUGAUGUCAAAAACACCAGUAGUUUUCUAUGUGAUUGUAAAAUAAAAUGAAAGCCUUGUGGUCAGGGCUCAAUAUUAUCUUCUACUGCCCUGCGUGGGCUCAUAGUUAACUUUUAUAUUCUCUGUAAAAGCUAUUGGUCACGUUGUACAUUACGUGUAUCUACAUAAAGUGUACAUAAAGCAGA